AUGGCUGAUGAGAACGACAAGGAGCCUACAGUUCAACUCGGACAAGAAGAUGCAACUGCAGAUGUUGCAGCGAAUGUUGCAUCUGGAAAGAAGAGUCCAAGACCUGCAUCUGGUACUGAUAAGCCACUGAAACCAAGAAAGAAGUAUGCAAAAAGAGCUCCGGUUUGGGAACAUUUUCUGCAAAGGGAAGGAGAUCAUGCGAAGAGCUACUGUAAGUAUUGCGCAGCAGAGAUAGCUUGUGAUACUAAGGCAGUAGGUACUAGCCCGAUGAUAGGUCACAUUAAUAGAUGCAAGCAGUAUAAGGAUUGGGUAGAAAAGGAAAAGCAGAAGGUUAUAAGCAGUGAUAACAAUGGGAAUCUGAAGGUCAUUAAGUAUGACCCGAUGUUGUUUAGAAGAUCAAUUAACGAGAUGGUAGUAGUGAAUGAGUUGCCACUCUCAUUUGUAGAGUCAGAGGGAUGGAAGCGGUUCUGCUUCAAUGUCUUGUCGAUGUACAAUACAAUCUCUAGAAGGACAAGUACUAAAGACAUUGUGGCGAUGUAUCUGCAAGAGAAGGCAGCUCUGAAGAACUUGUUUACUCACUGGAUUAAUAGUGAAUGGGAAUUGCAAAAGAGAAUUCUAAGCUUUAAGGUCAUCACGGAUCACAAAGGAGACACCAUAGUAGGACAGUUGAUAGAUUCCUUAGAUGAUUGGGGAAUUGAGAAAGUCAUGGUGACAGUCGAUAAUGCGAAGAACAAUGACAAGGCUUUGGAUGCUUUUAAGGUUCAGUUGAGGCUGAGAGGAGAGGAUGCAUUACUUAGAGAUGGUGACUACCUACAUAUGCGUUGCUGUGCACAUAUCCUCAAUCUGAUUGUCGGCGAUGGUUUGAAGAAGGUAAACCAUCAUAUUGUUGCUAUUAGGAAUGCAGUGAAGUAUGUUCGGUCAUCAUUCACUAGGUUGAAGUCUUUCGCAAUGAGGUGUGACACAGGGAAAAUGUGUAGAGGGAGUUUGCCACUCGAUGUUUGCACACGCUGGAACUCAAUGUAUCUGAUGUUGAGUUCUGCUUUGAAGUUGCGGAAGGUUUUUGAGAAGAUGGAAGCUGAGGACAAGUUGUACUGUGAUUAUUUUGAGGAAGAGGAUGAGAAAACAAGGAUAAACGAGUUGGACCGCCGACUAAUUCUACUUAGGAGGAAAUUGCGAGUUAGUUCCACUGUCUGUUACAAUGAGAUUGUCAACAUUGAGAGGAACCUGAUGAGCAAGUGUACCAGUCCUGAUGAGGAGAUCAGAAAGCAAGCUCAUGUUAUGAGGGAUAAGUUUGAUGAGAAGUAUUGGGAUGGAUUAGGAAACAUGAAUCCGCUAGUGAUUGUGGCCAGUGUCUUUGACCCUCGAAACAAGAUGAAGUUUGCUUCUCUCUGCUUUGAUCAGCUGUAUGGUAAGGAGACGAUAGAGUCUAGGCACCUCAAUGCGAAAGUUUCAGAUGUUAUGAAGAAACUGUAUGAGCAUUACAGUUACAAGCUGAGCACACCAGAAGCCAUCGAAGACACCCCAGAUUCUCAGCCAGAGUCUAGCGUCUUUGAGUUAUUAGAUGAUGAAGAUUGUGAGGGGAUACUUGCAAUAUUCGACAAGGUGGUUGGGUUGAAGACUUCUGCAGAUAACUACAAUGAGUUACAAUAG